AGUAUGUUUCCGAUCAGUCUGGGACUCCGCUGCCUGACAUCAAAAUUUAGACCUAACGAAACUGCUGAAUAUUUUGAUUCUUGGUGGAGUUUAGGAAGAUCUCCGAUUUUAUUUGAGUUCUUCAACGAUUGGGGUGGUUCCAAGUGUAUCAGACUUCUCAAUGUGAGCGGGUCAAUGAUGAACACGGGCCACAGCAUUAUAUUCACCGUGGAAAACGAUACUAGGCAUCACAUCAAUGUAACUGGAGGUCCUCUGUCCUAUAAAUAUCAAUUUCAAGAAAUCCACAUCCACUACGGCCUCCACGACCAGUUCGGCUCAGAGCACUCAAUAAAUGGAUAUGCCUUUCCGGCCGAG